AGGACCUUCGCUUUUCAUCUAAUUUUUACCAUACCGUUACUAUAUGAAAUUCGUGCAAGAAGAAGAACUCAUUCAUCUAUUUGUAUUUCCAUUACAGACGAGGAAAGCAAAUGAACGGGUUAUCAUGCCUACUGCCGCAACACCCUGUAUGAUCUGGCAGGCCCAGUACAAUUCGAUUUUAAUAACGGAGCGCAAGCUCUGACUUUGUAAGAUAUGCAUCUUGACGACGACGACAUUAUCAGGAAGCGAUAGACAUAAGCUCAGUAAAUUCAAAAAUGACGAGUCCCAGCCGAGAUCCCGUUCCCUAUGACGACGCCUGGAAGCGCUCCGCGCUAGAAGAUUUUCGUACUUUUCUGAAGAUCCGGACCAUUUCGCAGGAGGGACCCCACACCGGCGCCUACCGCGAGGGCGUGGCAUUCCUGAAAAGUGUGGUGGAGCGUCGUCUGUGUUCGCUUCGACCGGAUAUUGAAAUCUUUGUCGAAGAAUUCGUCGAGAAAAAACCGCUGCUCUUCGUGCACAUACCCGGUGCUCCUGCUGGCGAUACGAUUUCAACCGGGAACAAAAGCCGGGAAGCUGGAGGGGAAGUAGAAGUAGGCGACGCGCACCAGCAAGAAGAAUGCCACUCGAAUAAGGUACGCGUACAAGCCGAGCAGGACCUCCCCAUAACCGUCGACGAGGGGACCUAUCAACCGGACAUUCUGCUGCUAAACUCGCAUUACGAUGUGGUGCCUGCGAUGGAGGACAAGUGGGAUGUGGACCCCUUCGGCGCUGUCGUCGUGGACGACGAAAAACUCUAUGGCCGCGGAACGCAAGACAUGAAGUGCGUUUGCAUCCAGUACGUUUUGGCCCUGGAAAAGAUCCUGCGGAGUGUACGAGCUACUAGUAGUUCUGCAGAAGCAGUAGACCACCACGCGGCGUCAAAGUCAAACAGUGAUGAAAUAGAAAAUGACUAUAGAAGAAAAAAAGAACGGCUUCGUCCCAUCUGGCUGUCGUUUGUACCCGACGAGGAGAUCGGGGGCAAGGACGGAAUGCACGCGUUUCUGUGCUCGACCUUUUACAAAAACCACUUUACUGCUGUGACUACAACCGGCAAGGUUCGGUCGCGCGUGGCGUUGGGGCUGGACGAGGGCCUCGCCAAUGAGACCGACAAUUUUACGGUGUUUUUCGGCGAACGCAACCCGUGGUGGAUAAUGGUGAAGGCCACGGGCCCCACCGGCCACGGCAGCCGCUUUAUCCGCGACACGGCGGCCCAGAAACUGAUCACCCUGGCGAAUAAGGCGUUGCAAUUUCGCAUCGAGGAGGAGCGCAAGCUGGCGUACGCCCCGGUGGACCCGGACACCGGGGAGUGCGGCUGCAAGCACGCCCAGGCGAAGAAGCUGGGAGACGUGACCACGCUGAACCUUACCAUGCUGAAAGCGGGCGUGGAAACCAGUCCCGGGGUGUACGCCCUGAACGUGAUCCCCGUCGAGGCCAGCGCGGGAUUCGACGUGCGCAUCAGUCCCCUGCUGAAGGUGGCGGACUUUCGCGCCCUGUUGGACUCCUGGGUGGCCGAGUUCGACGGAACCGUCACGUGGUCCUUUGCGCCCGGCACGGUCCCGGCGGACGAGCACUUUUUGACGCCCGUCACUGCGCGCCCGGAUUUGUUUGGCGAGCAGGAUGAGGAAGAACAAGGUGAGGACAGUAGUUUCUAUUGCGAGGAGGCGCCGGACCUACACCCGCCGUCCGAGCGACAGGCGCGACUGGACCAGAACCGGCACAAGCGGCAGAGUCUACACUGGUGGCGCGUAUUUUCCAAAACACUGAACACCUUGGGCUACCUAUCAAGCGAAAAACAUUUCUGAGUACAUAUUUCUGUCAUCUCUACGCUCCUCGCUGGUAGUAUGUUGAGGUUCUUUUCAAGUUGCUAUUCCUGCAGCAACGUCGCAAGGUAGGACCACAUGCGUUUGAUCCGCGGCAAGUAGGAUGCUCACCAAGAGUCUAGGUCAUCGGAUGCAUGUACAUACUUUUAAGUAAGAGGACCUAUGUGUGUCCGGUUUUUCAGGCGCAUGAACAAGUGCAUGUCAUCCAAGGCCGAAUAGAUUGAGCCGGUGAUGAUGACGCACUGUCGAUCAUGUCGGUAUAUCUGAACGCGCGUGAAGUAAGUAUAGUACUUACAUUGAAACUCAAACUUUUUACGCGGAUAGAGAAAGGAAGUGUUUUCCGCUUGAUGCUGCGAACUAGAUGCCGAGGUUUUUCCAGCCGCAACAGACAGCCGCUUUCUGCGCCAAUUGAGAAUACCGGCCUUUGGUUUUUCACCGAUGCGACGGUGCCCCAUUCUACUCCACGAGCACAACGAAUACAUACCUGUCAGCUGCUUCUGGGAAGGCGUCGGGGUGUACGAAAGCCUGUUGCGGGAACUUGCCGUCGUGCCCGAGACUGGCGAUAACGGCCUGCCUGCUUGAAUGAAGAGAGAAAGAUACCACUGGUGUUGCUUGGAUAUAAAGGGAGACGCAGGAGCGCGCACGACAACUGAAGGUUUGAUGCAGCUCGGUAUUUUGUUAUCUUGCACUCUGUCUCAUGGAAACGCCCUCUACGCGCUGUCUGGCAUGCAAUUUCCUGUGGAAGCGAGUGACAGUCAGGAGUGAACGUACCACUUAUUAGAUCUGUCUAGAUAGAAAUGUUCGAAGAGAAAUUAAAGCAGGCCAUUACAUAUAAAGUUAAAGUAUUGGAAUGAGUUCGAUAA